AUGGCAAAAGUAGCAGAAGAGAACAACGCUAGGGAGAACCAUGAUAGAAGGGAUGCAAAGAGAAGAUGGGAAGGAUCGAACAAGUCCGACAAGAAGCCAAAAUGCACUCCGACUUUGGCAAAAACACGAAGCGAGGGAUUCUCUAUUCCUCAAUGUAACAAAUGCAACAAGAGGCAUAAGGGAGAGUGCAGAGCAGGGAGCCUGAUGUGCUAUAGAUGUGACAGACCGGGGCACACCGCACGAGAGUGCUCGGAAGGAAGGACUUGUUACAAAUGUGGGGCUACGGGACAUUUGCGCCCUGACUGUCCAAAACAUCGCAAUGGUGCGACACCCCACGGGAAGACAGUGAACAACGGAUUCGGGAAGAGAGCAUAA